AUGGCUACUAGCGAGGAGCCUUUAGUUAUAUCAAAAGAAAUAGAUUUAAAUAACUUAACUGAUCUUGACAAAAAAUUACUAGACAUCAGAAUUCUUUAUUUUAGAAAAGUUCUGGAUGAAUCUGUUAAUUUAUUAGCACUUGGAUUAAGCUGA